AUGUACCAUCUGUUCGCCCUUGCAACUGCGGCGUUUGUUGCCGGUACCCCUCUUCAACCCCGUCAGAGCGACCCAUGUGCGACCAUUGCUCCAAAAGGAUGGUACAAGCCUUCCCAGGUCCUAAGCUGUCUUCAGUCGUUCCCUUACAAUGAAACUUUGCGCAACAACGUUGUGGAUGUUGUGAGCAAGACAUUCAACUUCCACACUUCGGUCUCCUUUCAUUUGAACAUGCCCGAUCCUUUCACUGAUGACACUGUCGACAUUCAAGGAGAACUGCGCCGCAUUGGUAGUACCAGAUAUGAUAGUGACUUUACGUUGCACCAGGAUGUCUCAAAGUCCGUCAAGCGGCUGAACGAUGGGCACGCUGGGUAUGUUAACUACUGCUACGACUCGCUGUAUGUGACAUACCUCCCUUUUCCGCUCGCCGUUCUCGCGCGCCCGGAUGCAUUGGAUGUCCAAAACAUUCAUAUUGUGCCAGAGGCGUCCACUGUGGCAGCAGCCGAGUUCGGAAGCGAUGCGGUAGCAAGUGGCAAGCGGCUCUUGGGCUUCAAUGGCGCCCGUAUUACCGCUAUCAAUGGCAGGGACCCUUGGGCUGUCGUUGACGACAGCGCCGCUGUUACUGGAGGAUAUCAAGCCAAAACUACCCGUCAGAACUCGUUCUUUUCGUCCUAUCAACGCGCCGCUUCUGAGUGGUCAUACCGCCUCGGCGACUUUGCUCAGUGGCCUCUCCCUGUCAAAGGCGAUUCGGUUACCCUUCGCUUGGUUCGCAACGGUACUAACACCGAGGAGACCUACGUUGUCCCCUACCUCUCCCGUAUUGGCUCUGCUACAGUUGCCUUUACCGAUGCCAAGUCACUCUGGGCUAAUAAUGCAAAGGCUAAGGCUGUAGCCGACAAACCUCGCUUCCAACCUGACCCCGAAAUUGCCCCUAUCAUCAAUGGUCGUCGGCAGCCGAUUUCGGGCCUUGUCGCUGACGGACCUUUGUUCGACUUCUAUGUGUUGGACGAUAAGAAGACAGCUGUACUAGUCCUGGGCUCCUUCUCUGGAAGCUUUUCCGGUGUUCAAAAGGGUAUACUUGACGGUAUCGACGCUGUCAAAGCAAAAGGUGCCACUCGUCUGUUGGUUGAUGUUACUAACAAUGGUGGCGGUUACAUUUGCCUUGCUGCUUGGCUCCAUCGUGUGCUCGCUGGUCCUGGUCCAGGGACUGAGCCUCAGCCAGGUUUAGAUGGUAGCGUGCGCGCACAAGAUUUGGCCCAGAAGAUCACGGCCAAGAUAGUUGCUAACAGCACGGGUGUUGACCCCAAUGGGGAGAUGCUUUACAACCCUCUUGGCUGGCGCGAUACUAAAUCCCAGCGCUUCCCCGCCAACUUCAACUGGCUCGACCCCGCAAUCAACAUGCGCAUCAAUGAUGUUCCUGACAAAUUCUCUCAAAAGAUCGGUGAUGACUGCAUUCCUUACGACCUCACUCCUCCUGCUACUAGACCCUUCGAGUUCGAUAGCAUCGCCAUUAUGAACAAUGGACGUUGCGCCUCCUCAUGCAGCCUGUUCACUAUUUCCAUGCGCACCAAGUACAACGUUAAAACUGUGGUUGUUGGCGGAAAGCCCGGAACUACCCAGCAGUACUGUGGUGUUGUCGGCGGACAGUCGCUCAACUUUGCUGCCAUUGAUAGUGAUGUUAAGACUGCUGGGUUGAAAAACGAUCCGCUUGCGCCUGCCGAUUUUAUCGGCGAUAAUUACCAAGGUAUUACCUGGAAGCUAGGAUACUCGAUCUUGGACCAGAAUCAAUUCGAAGAGUUCAAGACUCAUCCCGCUCAAUUUGCUUUCCCUCUUCUCCCCAAUACUGUCAAUAACCCUAUCGAGCUCUGGAAAGACGUCUCUAAGAGGCUCUGGCCCAAUUGA